UACGUUUAUACAAAAUGCCUAACCAGGUGUUAACUAUAGAGCCGCAAAACGAACUAAAGUUUAAAGUUGACUUUUCAGGCCUGUUUGAGCAAGGGUAUACAACAUACAUGCGACUGACAAACCCGAGCACUGAUACCGUACUGUUCAAAAUAAAGACAACUGCACCAAAGAAGUAUUGUGUACGUCCUAACUCUGGUGUUCUCAAGCCAAAUUCCAAAGUAGACAUUGCGAUUACCCCACAGCCAGUUUAUGUUGAUCCUAACGAGAAACAUAAACAUAAAUUUAUGGUGCAAAGUGUCAUUGCACCUGAGGGGAACACCAAUAUAGAUCAAGUAUGGAAGGAGAUUGCCCCGGAUCAGCUUUUGGACUACAAGUUAAAAUGUGUGUUUGAAACUCCCCGUGGCACUAAUCUCAAUGAUUCUGGUGACACCGCUGCUCAGAAUGAAGUUGCUAAGAAGCGAGUGGCUGUGUCUGAGGAAGGGAAAACAUCAACAAAGGUGUUACCCUUACAGGAUGCCGUAGAAGGUUUCAUCCAUAACGAAUCAAAGCGGAAGGGUGAUGACACAUCUGGAAUUUUCAAAACGGCUGCAGAUAAUGAUCUGCAAAAUGCAGCUUCGGAAGUGAUUCUUUUGAGGGAGGAAGAAAGCAAAUUAAGACAAGAAAAUCUGCAGCUAAAAGAAGAGCUGCUGCGUCUUCGUCAGGCGGCGGGCGAUGGUCGCCUUCAGCGUCGUCACUCGUACGGACCGGAGAAAAACGCACAGGUGGCUAUGAUGCCGUGGCUCAUCACCGCUGUAGGCAUGGCGAUUCUUGGCAUCAUCAUCGGCAAGUUCCUUAUGUGAAUGGUCGCAAACCCCGCGGCGACUCGACAUCACCUUACGCUGUUCAACCACUCCCAACGCGUCCCUCUCGCACAAGGCAGCUUGACGAUUUUUAGUGGCGUCUUUCAAAGCCUCUUUCUUACCGCUUCUGUGAUCUUGGAAAGUUAAACAUUUAUUUCAAUGUGACUCGAUUUUGUUGCCUUACUAACUUUAUAAAGAUGAUCAUUGGUUCUACACCCCUUGAGCUAUCCUGUUUCCGUUUCUUGUCGAUUAGUCCUCAGCGUAAUGUACGUGCUGUUUAGUGUAUUAAUCCAAGUUAUUUUCAAAAAUUACCAAAGAAUAUUUGCGUUGUUAAAAUCUUGAUGGUUCGGGUAUGUAACUUAUGAUAAUCGUAAUUUUCUCGUUGGGAUAACAGGCACUGUCGCAUUCAGUGAGGAAGAAAAGGUUUAACUCCAUUGCUAGGGGGCGCUACUUACGUUUCACCCAACACAGUUGUCAAUUGACAUUGAAAUAGUACUUACAAAAACUGAUAGCAUUCUGAAAUUACACAUUUACUUCUGUGAACUGAAGGGUGACAUGAAAUUUUAUUUAUCGACAUAAAAUUUUCGAAACUAGCAUCUUCUCUAUCUUAUCUAUUCGUACUUUUCCUGUAUAAUUUAGUUUAACAAAUGAAGGACAUUGGCUUUUUCGUGCAUUUUUAAACACCCGAGUUUGAUAUGUUAAAUAAUGAAAAAGACAAUAUUUUUUAAUUUACCUAAACAUAGGUACUCUUAUAUAUACAACUCUAAUUAGCUUUUUUAAUUUAUACCACACUUGAGCUAUAUGCGGAAAUAAAUAUUCCAAUUUUCAAGCUUCUCCGUCAUGAUUUUAUAUCGCGUAGACGUUGCUCUCAAACGUUGCACGGCUUUUAUAAGCAAGAACGAACUCUCGCAACACGUGAGGUAACAUGCAAUUUUAUGUCUGCGUCGGUUUUGUACAAUUGUGCAACUCGUACCAUAACUCAUGCGGUUCCACAAACAUAGCAUAUGAAUAGGCCUUUAAUAGGCCUUUGUUUCUCGUAUUAAAACAAUUCUAUAGUAUCUUGUUUACAACUUGUAAAAAUUACGAUAGUACAGCAUUGCUUUGUACUUAAAGAAACUUGCGUAAAAAGGAAUGAUAUCUUCAAUUCUCCAUAGUUAACUGAUAUUGUACUUAAUCUUGAAUUUGUCUUAAGCAUAUCGCACACCAGCUUCAACAGUAUCAAAAGGGAUUUUUUUUUAAUUGUUAAGGGCGCGUCGCGCAGAACGUCCUUAUCACAACUUAUACUCAAUCUCAAGUUAACAGAUACCACUUAUGACGACGGUAACAUUUUAUUUUAUAUUAAAAAUAGACAUCACAUUUUCACUUGUCUUUCGUGUUUGCAAUUUUUCAGUUAUGUCAGUAUUGAAACCGGUGUGCGAUAUGUAGUGUUGUCUCGAGUAAUCGAAAUCUUCUGUUUUGAUAAAGAUCCAUAAAGGGAAAAUUGCAAAAAAACAUCUAGAAUUCGUGUUGUUAAAUAGCUUAGAGAAUUGUAAAAGAAUUAGUCAACCUUAUUUAAUGAAUUUUAAGUGGUCUAUUUACUUAGUUAAGAUUAGUAUUACGACCUAUUACGACUAUUACGACCGUUCUUUGAUAUGGGUGAAGCGUCUGCAGCGCCAUCUGUCCCGGCCUUUUCGUUUACUUCCCUAUUGUAUGUGUCAUUCCAUAACAUAUUACAAUACAAUAGGGUAUUUGACAGAUAUCUAAAAAUUCAAACGUUGCGGAAUUUGACAAGUGUAUAAAAUACAGAACUGUUUGUUCGCAGACGUAAAUAGAAAAGGUAGGAACAGAAUUGAAGUCUUGACAAUUAGGCUAAAUUUAUACUGCGGCGGAACGGACUGGAAGCGAAUUUUUGUAACGAUAUUGUACAUAGCAUAAUUAACUUAUGGUCAAUUGUGUAACGUGCUAACUAGAUACGAGCCAUAUCCUUCCGCGGAUUUCUCGCGCAUGCUCGAGAAUGCUCGCGCAUUCCGGGCAUAUUUUGGCGC